ACUCAGGAAAGCUGACGUCUCUUUCAUCUGUCCUUACGAAAAAGGAUUCAACGCUUACUUCUGUGUCGAAUAAGUCGUGCAUUUCGAACUCAGUUCACCGUACCAAGAUGGUAGGUCGGGAUGUAUGGAUCGUUCUUCUUAUCGCCCUACUUCCAUGUUCUGGCUGGGAGUAUUGCUCGGACACGAAACACCCAGCCCCCUGUACCCGAUGUCGUAAUGACGGCACCGACGUGUACAAGUGCCCCAGACAGUGUGGCGGACUCAGAAACAUCAACCAGUGUGAUCAGGUCUGCAGUAACCAAUGCAAAGACUCGGAAUGUGAGUACGAAGAUGGUCAAGUAUCACUCCGCUGUGUGAAAGGCUGCGACAGCUUCUACACCGGCCCUGCCUGCCAACAAUAUUGUCAGGAAAGAUGCGCCACAUGUGAUCAGAGCGGUCGGUGCACCAAGUGUACUGAAGGACGAUACGGUGGCGACUGUGAGAAGACGUGCAAUAACUGUAGGGACGGGACUUGUGGCCAAGAGGAUGGGAAGUGCAACUCGGGCUGCAAGCCUGGAUACCAUGGACCCAAGUGUGACAAACGUUGCGAUACAUGUAAACAAUGUGACCAAGAUGUGGACGGUUGUAUUUCGUGUGACCAAAACAAUGGGCGGUGUUUGCUUGGGUGUACAUAUGGGUUUUAUGGCCAUAAGUGUACACUGAAGUGCCCGGGCAAGUGUAUUCGGUGUAACAGAGAAAAUGGGAGUUGUGUACAGUGUGAGACCGGAUGGCAAGGUGUUGACUGUAGUACACAACUACUUCCUCCAUCAGAGAAGCCAAAACAACAACACGGAGAUGAGCCGACUGAAGAGGUGACCACAAAAUCUGGACUCCUGAGCAUGUUUCAAGAUGAAGAUUACCUGCUGCCAGUGAUUGGGUGUGGUCUGGUUCUCUUGGCUAUUGUUGCUGUGGUGAUCAUUUGGAGGUGUAAGAAAAGAUCGAAGACAAAGGCACCUGGUAACGAAGAGGAGGGAAAUUGUGAAAGUGCAUCCCAACACCCUAGCGUACGGAGACUAAUCAAUUCAAGUGGAUCUGGUCCCCAUUAUGAUGAGAUAAACACUGACGACGUGGACGGUUUGAAAAAACAUCUCCUGGGAGAUCGCGAAUUACCUCGCAUCCCUACUCCUGCAAAUAAACCUCUUGCCUGUCUGAGAAACAGGUCUGGGAAUCUCAGCGUCCCAUAUAUGACCCCCAUAGUGGAGGCAGUGGAGGAGGAGGAGGAGGAGGAGGAGGAGGAGGAGGAGGCAGAAGAAGAUGAAUCUGAAACCAUCCCAAAAGUUUUAUUCACUCUAGAACCUCCUUCAGAUGAGGAAACGGCAAGGGAUUGUGCUUCCCUCCCUUCAAAUGACCCUGGGUCUUCCGUGGAUGGUCCCGAAUUUGCGAAUACAAAUGGAAGUCUUGUCUUUGAGAAUGAAACGAGACAUGGAGCAGCAGGAGCGCCUGAGAAGGAUGUUGAUCAUCUUAAUGUUCCUGGCAGAGGUAUUUACAUCUUUCACAAUGGUUCCAAUGUCGAGAAUGGGAGUUAUGGCGACUACGCUGAUAGCGGCCACAGUGGUUUUUCCACUCCCAAGGUGCCUGAUAUGUAUCUUGAAAACCCUCAUGACGAUAACAACCAGUUUGCUUCGAAUAUUGCAGACCAUCUCGAUACGUAUCUCUCCCAAAGACAGAACGUAGAGACGGAUCCAGAGCUUGUGCCUGCUGUACAGAAAGGGACUUCUGAGACAGGUGCGUCGGAGUCGGAUGUUCUCAUUGGUACGAACACAGAGGAACAAAAUAUGAAGAACAACAAUGAGAAAAGGGGAUUCAAAUCUAAGCUUCCUCUUCCAAAAUGGAAGGCUAAAUUCAAUCAGACUUCUUUUGUGCCAAAAUGUGAUAUGCGUGUAAACACUUCAGAGAAAUCAUCUAUGCUAAAUCGCAGGGAUACAGUUGAUUGUUAGAGAUGUACAGUAUGUUGAACGUCAGAACUAAGAAAACCAUUUGAGAAUGAUCUCAUGUGUGAAACGGAAGCACAGAUCUAUUGAGGUCAAGAACAUCAGGAACACCUGUUUCAGUGCGUCACGUGAUCCCUGCCAUGGCGGAUAUGCGAUCUGUAUUUGUGUAGCAUAUAUACUUGUUAUGAAAGGAUGUCAUAUACUUACCUACAAUAUCGGUCAGUGCCUAGACAGAUGAUAUGCCCUGAACGACCUUUCUUUUGAUAAUUGGAGGUGGGGCAGGAGUUCUUCUAAAACAGUAUAUUGUCCCAGAAAAUGCUGAUAAAAGAAGUG